CCCAAUGGACCGCUGGCAAGGGCAGGGCACUCGCCACCAUUCCGCCUAUUAAAAGGUGGCCGCCGCCGCCGCCCACCCCCACCACACACAGAGAGAACACACGCAAGGAGCACGAGGAGGAGGCAAGGGAAGCCGCCGCCGCCGCCCCGUCCCUCCUCGCCGGCCCGCCGCGACAGGUUUCAAGAUGUCAACCUGCACGUUUGCGACCUCCUGCGUGCUCUUGGGCAAUGCUCGAACAACCGAUGCCCCCCAGAAAGCGGUCAAGAGCCGCCUGAGCUUCCUUGGCCGAGGCGCCGUGCAGGUGCCGAGCCUGAGGUCCUCCUCUUUCAAGAAGCUGGACGUCUCCGCGGCGGCCACGUACAAGGUGAAGCUGGUGACCCCGGAGGGGGACGAGCACGAGUUUGAGGCGCCGGACGACACCUACAUCCUGGACUCGGCGGAGACGGCGGGGGUGGAGCUGCCCUACUCGUGCCGGGCGGGGGCAUGCUCGACCUGCGCGGGCAAGAUUGAGGCGGGCGCGGUGGACCAGUCGGACGGGUCGUUCCUGGACGACGCGCAGCAGGAGGGCUACGUGCUGACGUGCGUCGCCUACCCCAAGUCGGACUGCGUCAUCCACACCCACAAGGAGGGGGACCUGUAUUAGGGGGCGUGCCGUGCUCCGCCCACAUCUCUGGUGCCAGUUGGUUGUGUGUUGGGUAGAAGAAGAAGGUGUGUCUGUCUGUAAAACCUUGAUGGUUGUUUAUCCCCUGCCUGGCUGCUGCCUGUGUGCGUGCGUGCUUUGGUCGUUGGUCGGAGGUGGUUAAGAUUGUUGGGUGAAGCCACUACACCCACGGAUGGAGAAGGCGAAUAAAAUGAGGGAACAGCUCGCUGUGACUGUGACGGCAUUAUAAAGCGGUUUCAUGGUUU